GUUUAUUGCGAUAGAAUGAAUCAUCGAUCCUAUGGAUUACCAGCAGAUAAUUCCAUAUAAAAUGGAACAAUCACGCUACACCUGAAAAGCUGUCGGGCCGAUCUGAUGGCGAAAAUAAGCGAAACACAUACAGUAUUAGCUUUCAAUUCUUUACUCGACACAAAUUUGAAGGUCAACGCACUUCUUUCACCGUCAUAAAUCUCACGUGGUGGUAUUCUCGCAAAAAUCCCAAUCUGAAAGAACGAGUGGUARGAUUGCCAUACGCUAAUAAUUUGUGAUUGGUUCUCAAAAAUUUCGAAGUCCGUGAUGCUAGUACCAUGGGAAAACAMUUCGGAACUGAAUAGCAUUUGGGAGAUCCAGACCGGUUGAAUUCUGAAAGUUUUCGCUGGUGAAAAUUUUCUGUCACGUAGCUGAUGCAAGUAUCCCUUUUUCUUUACGCCUAAUGUCGUGAAAAACUACUGUCCAUAGUUUGGAAAAUAAAGCAAAAUGGUUUCCUCUUACAAUCGAAAGAAUACCGGAAAGGGCGGCACGAGUCAGAACCGUCAUUCCUACAUUAAAAAACUCAAGUCUGGCGAAAAAGCACUGUCAAACGCCCGCGACGCUAAACAGGUCUUCAAGAUYCUUUCCCGGGACUAUGGAAUCGCUGGUAAUUCGAAACGGCUUGUUCUGAAUUUCGAUGACGAUAUGGUGCCGGUGCUGAGAGAAGCAACUGAGUUAUUGCAUCCGGACCCCAGUGAACCUCUGAAGUUACUAGAGGCCCUUGGUGAUGAAGCCCUCACCCAAGGGGUGUACAAAGAUCGAAGCAUAACGUGCUUCAAGGCCCUGUACGAGGCCGAAGAAUUUUUCCCAAAUCUUGCGUUGAGACUAAUUCAAGGAAAUCUCACAGGGCCAAACGAUCACUCCACGAUCGCCUGGUUCCUUCUACAGCUUGGUAUUACUGGCAACGAAACCCUCCUCAGUGAUCCUGACGUUCUCAAGGUCAUUGACUUUCUUAAUACAAGCCAACAGGUCGGUUUUCCCAAACUAUCCGAACAACUUGCCGUCGUCUUCUACAAAUCAAGAAAAUUGAGCGCCGAAGACGGUAAUUUGAAAAGGGAAGAUGGAGACUGCCAGCCAGCCCCCGAAGAUUUAUUGUCAUCUCUUGGUGCCGCAAGGAACGUGAUGCGUCAACCUGGUGUUCGCGAUCACGACAACGACAAGACUAACUUUCGAGCUAUUUCAAUUGUCCCGACCACGUCGGAACUUGCUUGUUCUGAAUCUCCGUAUCUCCCAUCACCCAUCGAACUUAUAUCUAACGAUGUGACAGCUAAAGAGGAAAAUAUAGGCUUCAACUCGAGCACCAAGGGAAACGCUAACAAAAGUCUGGAAGCCUUGGCCCUGGAUAGGCAGUUUCGAUUGAUGAGGGAGGAUCUCAUCGGAACCGUCAAGGAGGAACUCAGAGAUGAGUGGAAGAUGCCUUCCCACAAGCGCAGGUUGUUCUUGACAGGCCCUUCCGUUAUUGGUUUUGGAUCGAAGCCAGAGCCUCACGUAGUAGUCCAGGUUCCGCUUCCGUUGCGGUUGUCACAGCGUCUCCGUGCUGAAAACAAUUCCAAGGCAAUCGAAUUCUUUGAAAAAGGCCCCGGUAAGCGKGUGCUCCAGAAGGGAACCCUCGUAGUCCUAGUAACCAGUUCUAAUGAGGAGGGAGACAAACCGCUUUCUACAGACCAGGCACAGCAACGGGAGUUCAAGAUUAAGGCAGUCGGCACCGUUGUCGAGCGACUCAAGCCGCUCAAGAUUGUCUAUGAUGAAAACAAGAGGGGGAGACGAGUCCUUCAAGUAGGAAUAAGUUUUACUCCUGAGAGCAUGAGGUUCCUCACACCCUUAUUUGAGCAUUUUCAUGCUAAGAAGAAAGAAGGCUUAUCGAUGGUGGCCGAAGAUCACAGUAGUGGACUUUUCAAUGCAUCUGCAGGUCUGUUUUCGCUGGAACCAAUCCUAAAGGCAUUACAGGGAAUGGAUAAAGUCCCUAUGAGUGACCAAUUGAUCCACCUGAGAAAGCCCAAGCAACCUGAGCUUCCUCAUGGAGGUAAGAAUUUUGAUGACCUCGACUUGGCCUUGCGAAAGGCGGUAASCAGUGAUAAAGCUCAAAAACGUGCUCUAGAGGAAAUUUUCCGUUCGAAUGUUGUGCUUGUCCAAGGCCCACCGGGUACCGGAAAGACAUACAUCGGAGUUCAAAUGGUGAAGGCAAUGCUCAAUCUGGAGGGUAAAGCACCGGCGGUAAGCCCUCUCCGAAUCCUUUGUUUAUGCUACACCAACCACGCUCUCGAUAGUUUCCUUCUGGACUUGAUCGAUGCUGGGAUCUCCGAAACGUUUUUUGUGCGACUAGGAUCAUCACCCAAAAUUGAUCCGAAAAUUCAACGUAGGUGUCUCGGUGAAAUCAAUUCGACGGUAAAUAACAAAUUUGGUAGAAACGAGUCGGCUGCUUACGGAGCCAUAAAAAGAGAAUCAGAAACAUUGGAAGAACAAUUUAAGGGUCUAAUGAAAGAUAUAAGCAAGAAUUCAACCUGGGGUAGCUCUCUACACUGGUGGAAUAUCAUAAGCAUCUGGAUGGAGGACUCUGAGCACUACGAAAAACUCGAUGAACUUCGGGUUCCCAGUACAUCGSAAAGCGAUGGUUUUGUCAAAGUUGGGGCAAAUGGAAAGGCGCUCAAAUCAAACUACUUAUGGAAGAGAUGGUUUGGUGGGAAGAAUAAAGGGAUCUUUCACGACCAGAAAAUGCCUCAAGAAGGGUUGUGGAAGCUUGAUGAAGGAGAGCGGAAGUUGUUGAUCCAAAAGUGGCAACAGGAAUGGAUCCAACCAAAAUUGUAUGAUCUCGAAUACACAAUAGAGAAAAUGAAAAGAAACACGGAAGCCCUGCGAGCUCUGCGACGAAUAAACGAUCUGAAAGCUUUGAAGAAUGCUAAAAUAAUUGGCUGUACAACGGUCGCCGCAGCAAAAUUCCAGGGCAUGAUCAAUCCAUCCGUCGUGAUUGUUGAAGAGGCAGGCGAGAUUCUAGAGUCUCAUGUUCUUGCGAACCUCGGAGACUCAUGUCAACAAUUGAUCAUGAUUGGAGAUCACAAACAGUUGCGGCCAAAGAUUGAAAAUUACAGUCUCCAGAAAGAAUCUGGGCAUGGAUUUGAUCUAAACGUCAGCUUAUUCGAACGAUUAGUUACUUCCACGGCAAGCUGCAUUCCUGUUUUUCCAUUGACCGUUCAGCAUCGAAUGCGCCCCGAGAUAUCCCGCAUAAUCCGUGGAAUGGCACUGUACGAAUCUCUUGAAGAUCACGAAAACACCAAAGGRCGAAAAUCAGUUGCGGGAAUCACAAAUGAUGUUGUUUUUCUUGAUCAUCGUUUCCCAGAAAAAGCCGAUGAAGCGACGGCUGCUGUUGGAAUGGAAACAAAGGUGAAUCCUUUCGAAGUUAAUAUGGUAGUCAGCAUUGCAAAGUACAUCAUCCAGCAAGGUCAAUAUUCCCCUGAGCAGAUCACUAUUUUGACUCCAUAUCUAGGUCAAUUGGCGCUCAUUCGGAAGAAGCUUGAGGAAACAAAAAUUGGUUCUUUCGUGUCGGAUCAAGAUUUUGGAGAUCUUGCUCGUCAAAACUUAACAGACAAUGUCGAGAGACAACGUGAUAGCCCGAUCCGAAUUGCAACCAUAGAUAAUUUCCAGGGCGAAGAAUCGGAAGUUGUUAUUAUUAGUCUUGUUCGGUCAAAUCCGCAAGGAGCGCGGAUAGGUUUCUUAUGUUCCGAAGAGCGGAUCAACGUAUUGUUUUCACGAGCACGGGAAGGCAUGUAUAUAGUAGGAAAUCUUAAAAGUCUCAGCGAGUGCUCCUCCGCAUCUGGUCGCAGGCUGUGGUCCAAUCUCAAAGAUGUAUUUGAGAAGAACAAAAACGUCUAUGAUUAUUUUCCAGCGAAAUGUCAGAAGCAUCAGAYGCUUCACAACAUACAAACUCCAGAGGAUUUUGUUAGGUUAGCUCCAGAGGGUGGAUGCGCUCUUCGAUGCACGUUGUUGCUCGACUGUGGUCACCAAUGUCCAAAAAAGUGCCACCGACAUGUGCAGCAUGUGCAUUCGUUGAUCCAAUGCAAAGAAAAAGUUGAGGAUGUGUGCUCAAAUGGACAUAAACAAUUGCGUGAAUGUUAUUCAACAGUCAAAUGCACCAAGAUCAUGGAAUGGUUCUGCUCUAGAGGGCAUUCAAUUAAUGGUCGAUGUUGGAAAGGAAGGCCGAAGGUUUGUAAAAUGUGUGAUAAACUGGAUAAAUUAGAGGAGGAAAUAGAAAGGAAAAGAGAAGAUUUAAAUCAGGAGAUACGGAAACAAAAGGAACAAUUGAUGUUGGUCAGAGCCAAACUUGCUGCCGCUGAAGAUAGCAAGGAAAGUGAAGCCAAAUUAUCUAUGAUUGUUUACGAGCAAAAGCUGCUCGACGAGCGGUUGUCCAAUUUACUAGCUCGGCAAGACCAUGACGCUAAAGCAGCCGGUGAAACAACAGAAAUUGAAGAACACAAUCUACAUGCGGGAAUGAAUGGGGUUGUUGGCGGCAGAGAUAGUGGUGAAGCUAAAGAAACAAUAUUUCAUCAUCAACUACCACAGGCCAGUGAAGUGGAAAAUAUCUACGACGAAAUUGAUAAAAACGAGAACGAAGGUCGCCAUAGUGCUGAUAACAUUAAAAAAAAUGCAGAAGAUAGAGACUAUUAYGGAAGCCAAAAGAAGGACGAGUUGAACUUGUCCGAUAGAGACCAUGCUGGACACAGCGACAAUUUCAAAAUGGCCGAAAUCUUUGCAGGCGAUUGCCUCUUUAAAACCAAAGAUGAUUCCAUCUCAUCCGCUGAUAGAACGCAAAAGGUAUUUUCGAAUCCUAAUGCCAUCAGCUAUGACCUCUACAAAGAUGRAAAGAAACCUGAAGGAAAGCCUAACAAAGCGGUACCACACAAUAUAUCACCAGUAUCAUCACCGAACCCCAAUAGUCUGUUCAACAAUCCCGAUUUUUGUGAUGCCUUGGUCCGGUUUAAGAAUAAAAAGUUCUUGGAAGCAGAUGACCUCAUUGAUAGCUGCAUGAAAACGAGUCAAAGUGAACAAAAUAGAAAAACGUUGAAUGCUUUCCGUUGCAUCUUGUAUAACUCACUCGACCCCUUUGAAAAGCACCAUGUGGAUGCAGAUAUUCCUGAUGAAGCGCCGAAGACAUUUGAAGCCGCUAUAAGGUGUUGGGCUCGAUUUGUUGCCUUUGCAUCUUCCGAUGAAUUCCCGUCGAUUACAAUAAAAACCGCAAAUUUUUUUCUAUCCUAUCGAGACACCUCUAACAGUGGUAUAGCACAGGAUGUUAUCCAGAUAGGUCGAAAUCAAGCCAAAGAUGUUAUUGAGAAGGCAGAGAAAAAAAUCCGCUCUUCGUUGUCGCAAAAGCCGGGGCAAGAAAGCGAAGUCGAGAGAGCUUGGACGAAAAUCCGCGAACGUGACCCUUCCGCUCCUUCUGUUGUGAAUGAAGUUAUGAUGAUGAUAGGUUUGUUCCACGUCAAGGAAGCUUUGAUCGGUCAGUAUCACCAAAUCAAAAUUUCUCAACGACAGGGCGAUGCUUCUGUUUCUUCCUACAACGUUAGAUUCGAAGGAAACCCUGGAACUGGGAAGACAACCGUCGCUCGGUAUUAUUCUACAUUUCUGCAGCAGCUGGCUGUACUGCCAAAAACCUCAAUCACGCUGGAGGUUACAGCGGCUUCAUUAAAAAAUAAAGGGAUUUCUCACUUGGAAGAUAUGUUAAAAAAAGUGAAAAAGGCAGGUGGUGGUGUUAUAUUCGUUGACGAGGCGUAUCAGCUAUCAGCAGAUCAAACUGGAGAGAAGCUGCUUGAUUUUAUCUUGCCAAUUUCAGAAUCACUCGAUGGCCCAUUCGGAAAGCUUGUUUGGAUUUUUGCUGGCUACCCAAAAGAGAUGGAAAAGCUGUUCGAACAUAACUAUGGUCUUCCGUCUCGAUUCCCGCAACAAUUUAGGUUUGCCGAUUACGAUGCGGUUCAGAUGGAAGCCAUAUUCAGGGGAUUCAUGGAGUUUAAAGAAAAAUCAUCAGAGAAAAACUUGAGAACCAAGAUGCCGAAGCAAAAGAAUAUGGCCAGGAAUUACAAUCGACUUACAUUGAGCGGUAGAAAAAUUGCAUUCAAUAGUACUAAUGGAGAAACGUACGUCGAUCGGUUUGGAAAUAGCUGGACGUGCAACAGCAGUGAAGGACUAUGGCGAGAUGGAUAUGGCAAUACCACUGGUUAUCAUCCCAGCGACAUUGGUGACAAAGAUAACCCUCUUGCAUGUUCCGAAGACAAUCUAACUUGGACACACGAUGGGGAAUUCUGGAUUUCUUCACGAGGUGAAAGCCAGAAGCAUUAUCCAGGCUCUCCAAAUCCCAGUACAAAAUCAAUUGGAAAAAAAGAGCGCCGUGAAUCACCAUUUAAAUGCGAAAACGACAAAUUUCUCCGAAUAGCUAUGCGACGACUAGAACGCCAAUCGAACCGCCCUGGUUUUGGCAAUGCACGUGCAGUUCGAAAUUUGUUCGACAGCGUGAGAGUCAGGCAAGCAAAAAGACUUACAAAAGAAAAUCAAAAAGGUCGCUGUCCAGACGAUUUCAACUUCACAAGAGAUGAUCUACUCGGUGUUGCUUUGACGGAAACACAGCUAAAGAAAAGUCAGGCUUACCAAAAGUUGCAAAAGAUGGAAGGACUCAAGCCUGUAAAGGAACAAAUUGAUGACUUGAUCCGGUUGGGAGAAAGUAAUCUCAAGAGGGAGGAGUCCGAGCGUCCGCUACUUGAAAUAAUUUUGAAUCGGAUAUUCCUUGGAAAUCCGGGCACAGGUACGUAUACAAUAUAUUUUCGUUGCUUCAUUUCUUCCAGAAUUUCAUGUCAUUUUGAUUGCUUUAAUAAACGAAUCGUCCAAUAGGCAAAACGACGGUGGCGAAGCUCUAUGGCCAAUUACUAGUGGAGAUGGGACUGUUGUCGAAAGGGGAAGUGAUCAUUAAGAAUCCAUCCGAUUUUAAGGGAGAUGUCCUUGGAUCGUCCGAAAAAAAUACUAGAGAUAUUCUGCGUGCAGCCGAGGGCAACGUCUUGGUAAUCGACGAAGCCUAUGCUUUGUGCAGCAGCAACGGACUAAACGGAACGACGGACCCGUACGGUAACGCAGUGAUCGACACCCUCGUCGAGCAAAUCCAGGCACGUCCAGGUGAUGACCGAGCUGUUGUCAUGCUAGGCUAUCGCAAGGAGAUGGAAAACAUGUUCAAAAACGUUAAUCCAGGAUUGUCUCGUCGGUUUCAGCUCGAACAGGCGUUUGUUUUUCCCGAUUACAAUGACGAUGCCUUGGUGAAGAUCCUGUUUDGAAAAGCUAAAGAAUGUAGCUUAAAAGUCACGAUUGCUGUCGCCAAACGAGCAGUGCGCUCAUUAGCGAGAGCCCGAGCAAAACCAAAUUUUGGCAAUGCCGGUGCUGUCGAUUCUUUGUUGUCGCAAGCUAAAGAAAGGUUGCAAAAGAGAGACGGAACUUCGAACGAAUUGACUCUUGAGGAUUUUGCUAUACCGGGAAAUGACGAAUUGAACGAAGAGGAACUUAGCGUUCUGUUCGCUGGCCUGGUUGGCAUGGAGGACGUACGGGAAAAGAUAGAUGAAUUGAAGAAUGUCAUUCAAUUUGCGAAAGCUCGGGGUGAAGAUCCAAAGGAAUCCAUUUGUUUCAACUAUUUGUUUCUUGGCAACCCUGGAACCGGUAAGACGACGGUGGCACGCUGCAUGGGGAAAAUGUUCAAAAUACUUGGUUUGCUGCCCGACGAUACGGUCUACGAAUGUACCCCCAAAGAUUUCACCACCGGAUUUGCGGGACAGUCUGGAUCGAAAACAGCAGAGCAGCUGCAGAAGAGCCGUGGGGGCGUACUGUUUAUCGACGAGGCCUACCAGCUGAAUCCUCGGCGAGGCGGGCCCUAUAUGACUGAGGUGGUAGACGAGCUUGUUGCGAAACUCACGGACGAAGAAUUUAAGGGAAAGAUUUUGGUAUUGCUCGCUGGGUACGAUGCAGACAUGAACGAUAUGCUGAACGUCAAUCCCGGUCUGAAAUCGAGGUUCGCCGAGCGAAUUUUCUUCAAUGAUCUCACAGGAGUUGCCACCCGAGAUCUCCUGGUCUCGAUGCUGGCGAGCAAAAAAAUCCCGCUCCCGAAGGACGAUGCCGAAAGCGAUGCAUUGCUGGAGCUCGCCACCAGACUCGCCGGCAGUAGGGAGUUUGCCAACGGCCGCGACGUUGCUACCGUUUGCGACAAGACGUAUGCGGGAGUUGCACGGCGCAGCGGCAAGARGAAAGGCACCGGUCGAGGAAUCACCGCCGUGUUCGACGACGUGCGAGAGGCGGUCAACGGGCUGCUGUUGUCGCGGGAGCAGAAGGAGACUGGUUUGUCGUGCAGCACGCUGGACUUUGCGGACCAAGCGACUUCGAACCGAUCGAGAGAAGCACUUCCUUCGGCCAGAGUCGUGUCGGAACAUAGACAUAUAAAGGACGAGGAGCAGGAGAUUCCAGACGAAGAACCCAACGAUACCGAAGAGGUCGAAACCACGAACGCAAAUCCGUUUGGAGCACUGAGCACCGACCACUUAAAGACUCUCAAUGAUAUUGUCGACGAAAUGCGUUUGAACACGCAAGAGGGCAUCCAACAACUGCUGUCGGCCUCCCCGAAGUUGGGGGAAGAAAUAGCCGUCCUACAGAAGCUAAUGGAACGCCUGGACAUCUCAGAAGACGCCGCCCGGGGCAUUCUGAAAGACUGGAAAAAGGCCCAUGCGGAGGCGAAGCGCCAAAAGCUCGCAAUCGCAAAGAAAUCAAAGGGGAUGGAGGCCAUCUGGCACUGUUCGGUGUGCGGUAGGGGAGGAAGACCCCGCCCAAUUUGUUACGUUGCGCCUUACAUAUCAGGAUACCGGCCCAUUUCUGUAGGAUGAGAACCCCUGUGCAACAAAACGAACUAACCAUUGCACGACGGAUUACAGCAGUAGCACUUGUGGCAAAGGAUAACCCUUUCAAAAUUGCUCACGUGAUGAGACACAAGGUUUAUAGAUUGUAUGUUUAGUUUCUGAGAUACUGAAUAAAAUAGAACGCAAUGU